GAUCAUCCAUGUUGCUGCUGGUGCUGGAGAUAAGGUUGUAAUCCUGAGGCCCUCGGACACGUUUCUCUCCUUUUCUACAUGUUUCAGCGCAGCGCCGACUGCCCCGCGUCUUAGGCUGAAGCUCUGCGGCGAAGGAGCGACCGAGGAGCGGCCAACUCACCGCCGAGCGACUCCACGUUCCCCGGAAUUGAAGGCGAAUUUCGGGCCGGGGGGGGAGGAGGACUGGUAAUCCUGAGGGGGGAAGAAAGACGGCGGUGGGAAAUGGCCACUCAGGUGGAGGCUCUCCUGCCUGGCAAUCCGCUCGCCCAAGCCGAGGAGCACGGGAAGGUGGCCCGAGUGGAGCCCGAGGAGGAGGAGGGCGGCCGGGGCGACGGGGCCAAGCGGCAGGCGGGUGUCGACGACCCGGGGAGCAGCUCCGGCGGCCCCGGCCAGGGAGGCUCCCCCGGCGCGGAGGAGCAGACCUCCAGGCAGAAGACCGAGGAGGACCAGGGGGGCUGUGACAGCGAGGACAGGCAGCCCGAGGAGGAGGAGGAGGGGGGGACGGGCAGCAGGAAGGAGUUUACUGAAGCCCCCCCGCCCAAGGUGAACCCGUGGACUAGGAAAAUGAACGCGGUGACCGUGGUCAACGUGAAUGGACAAGCACACCACGAGUCGACCGGCCCUGCCAAGGUGGUGAAAGCAGGGAACCCGCCCAAAGCCAGACGUGGAGGAAAGGUUGGAGAUUUUGCUGAUGCAAACAGCUGGCCAACUCCAGGGGAGAUGGCAACCAAAGACAUGCAGAUCGAGGCAGUGACACGGACCGUGUCCUGCCCACCGACUGUCAGGCAGGUCAGAGACUCAUCGAGAUUCAGUGUCCCGAAGAAAACAAUGACCAAGAAGGAGUCAAAGGACAAGAGCAACGAGGAGAGCAAGGAGAACCUGAAGGCCAAGUCAGACGACUCUGGAGAGGAGAAAAACGGCGACGACGACUCCCAGAAGAACGGCCCGAAGAAAAAAGGAAACAAGCAGAAAUGGGUUCCCCUGAUGAUUGAGGUGAAGUCCGAGGGUCCCAGGGAGCGCUCGGCCUCCAGGAACAACAGCAGGCAGAACGAAAACCCCCGCCUCCCUCCCAACGCCAGGAACGACCUCAGAGACUGGCACAGUCAAAAGUACGAGCGUGAGUGGCGUGACGAUCAUGACGAAGUGUCAAGUGUGAAGAGCGAAGGGGCGCCGUUCCGCGGUGGGUUUAGAGGUCGUGGACGUGGAAGAGGAAGAGGCCGGGGACGAGGCAGAGGUAGCGGUAGAGGCCACUACGACUACCACUACAGCUACAAGUCCUACGACAUGAAGGACGGACCCCACGGGCAGAAGUUCGGCAACGCUAUGACCUACUACUACGACAACAUGAGCAGCAACGACAUGUUCUCCGUUGACCAGGACCUGCUGAAGGACUACAUCAAGAAGCAGAUUGAGUACUACUUCAGCCUGGACAACCUGGAGCGGGACUUCUUCCUGCGGAGGAAGAUGGACGAUGAGGGCUUCCUGUCCAUCGCACUCGUCGCCAGCUUCCACCGAGUGAAGGCCCUCACCACCGACGUCAACCUCAUUAUGGAGUCUUUGAAGGAUAGUAAGGAAGUGGAGGUGAUCGACAUGAAGAUCCGUCGGAAGGUGGACCCUGAGAAGUGGCCUCUCCCGGGCCUGAACAUGCCAAACAACACCCACACCGACUUCUCCCAGCUCAUAAACUGCCCCGAGUUUGUCCCGAGACAGAUGCCAGAGGAGCCCCAAGGUUCUCCAAGGGCCUCCACACCAGUGCACAAACUGAAGACCGAACCGGACAUCUCCAACCUCAAGACGAUGCCUAAGGGCCUCUCCGCCAGCCUCCCUGACCUGGACUCCGAGUCCUGGAUCGAGGUCAAGAAGAGGCCCAGACCCUCCCCGGCCAGACCCAAGGUCAGCACAGAGAAGGCCCCUUCGUUGCAGCAGCAAAGGGAGAAGGACGAAUUGAUUCGUUCCCCGUUGCUGCAACCCGGCUCCUCACCAAUGCCUGCUACCUCAGGAAUUAAGGACGGAGCCGAGCCGGACGAACCGGAAGAGCUGGACUUCAUGUUCGAUGAGGAGAUGGCGCAGAUUGACGGCCGGCGCAACACCUUCACCGACUGGUCGGACGAGGACACGGACGGCGAGAUAGACGACCACGACGUCAACAAGAUUCUGAUUGUGACGCAGACGCCGCCCUACCUGAGGAAGCACCCAGGGGGCGACCGCACAGGACACCACACGUCGCGCUCCAAGCUGUGCGGCGAGCUGGUCAAGGUGAUCAACGACGGGCUCUUCUACUACGAGCAGGACCUGUGGGACGACACCUACGAGCCCGAGUACGCCACCAUCAAGCAAGAGGUGGAGAACUUCAAAAAAGUCCACCUGAUCACCCGUGAAGAGUUCGACUGCCUGACCCCCGAACCGCCUGUCGACCCCAACCAGGAAGUCCCGCCAGGCCCACCCAAGCCUCAGCAGAUUCCCACAGAUGCUUUGGCUAACAAACUCUUCGGCGCCCCUGAGCCCUCCUCCAUAGCUCGCUCUCUCCCGACUACUGUGCCUGACUCGCCCAACUACCGCAGUGCCCGGACGCCACGCACGCCUCGCACCCCCCACCGGAAGGACUCCACCAUGACGCCGCGCUUCUACCCAGUGGUGAAGGAAAGUCGGCCUGUUGAUGCCAAGACGCCCAGGAAGAGGAAGACCCGACACAGCUCCAACCCGCCCAUGGAGUGUCACGUUGGCUGGGUGAUGGACUCCAGAGAGCAUCGCUCCCGUACGGCCUCAGUCAGCUCUAACGCCAGCCCAUCAGAGGGCACCCCUGCCCUGGGUAACAUCGGCUGCACCCCCCAGUCCCUCCCCAAGUUCCAGCACCCGUCACACGAGCUGCUCAAGGAGAACGGCUUCACGCAACACGUUUACCACAAGUACCGCCGGCGCUGCCUAAAUGAGCGAAAGCGACUGGGAAUCGGCCAAUCGCAGGAAAUGAACACACUCUUCCGUUUCUGGUCCUUUUUCCUGCGAGAUCAUUUCAACAGGAAGAUGUACGAGGAGUUCAGACAGCUGGUGGUCGAGGAUGGGAAGGAAGGAUACAGGUAUGGUUUGGAGUGCCUCUUCAGGUACUACAGUUACGGUCUAGAGAAGAAAUUCAGACCAGAUAUUUUUAAGGAUUUCCAAGAGGAGACCAUGAAAGACUACGAGGCUGGUCAGCUUUAUGGACUGGAGAAGUUCUGGGCCUUCCUCAAAUACGCCAAAGCUAAAACCAUGACGAUCGAUCCCAAGCUGCAGGACUGUCUGAGCAAGUUUAAACGUCUGGAAGAUUUCAGGAUCGAUCCGCCUAUGGAGGAAGGGGGACGCAGAAGACACUCGUCCAGCGGCGACGGUCGCCGCCGGCACCCCUCCCAGCCCUCCAGUCGGCCCCACAGCCAGAACAGCUCAGGCCCCAGCCCCGCCCCCACCGCCAGGGAUGAUGCCAAACCCACCUGUCAGAAAACCCUCGCCAUGGCCGACGACCCCGCACCGGACACCAAGACGCUGAAGUAACGCCACAAACACACCGGCCCGCAUGGAUCAACUCAACCACGUCUGGGAGUCGCCGGUUCUCUCUGUGCAGCGGGAGGGGGGUGGGGGAAUCCAGCCCUUGGUUCUCACUUAAGUUUUUUUAGUUUUUUUUAAUUGAGACAGAGAAGAAAAUAUUGAAAAUUAUCUCUUUGAUCAUAAGUUUUUUCAGUACUUUUUUUAUUGAGUCAAAGAAUGGAUGAGGUAUCCGGCUUCUUUUCUCACAUCAUUGCUGGUUCACACGGUGGAUGUUUUGGCAGUGAUUUACUAUCCUGGAUUUUUUUUUUUUAUGUUUUACCCCCCCUCUCCAUCACUGGAACCCCUCUGUGAUCGUCACGCUGGCUGAAUGAUUUUUGAUUCCUUGCCCAGAUCUCAGAUUAAUGAUUAUUAUUUCUUCGGCAUGUGGUGGGAUAGGAAAUAGUUUGAACCGCACUGAGCAUCUGAAAAAGUCCCACGGUCGACUCGCUGGCGGCUGCUCCUGACGUCCGACCGGACCAAAGUGGGUUGAACCAAGCGACUGACAUUUUCAUCCGCAGAGCCCAGAGCGAGCGCUCAUCUUAGGGCUGAAAAUUAGAAAAUAUUUGUUUUACUUUAUGGCUUGACACUGAGGGGAGAAACAAUUAAGAGCCAAAUGAUAAAAAGAAAGAAAGGAAAAAAAAGACUUGUAGCGCCCCCUCAGUGUGGACAUGAUCAUUGAAAGUUGCCUUAUUUUCAUGGUUUUACCGCUUCGAACUUGUGCCCGCCACCUUAUUGUUGAUUGUACAGCAUUGAAAUCACCCAUAUAUCUGGUCACAGUAUGCAGCAGAUGCCACUAAGUGGUGCUGUUCCUACCAAACUGCAUCCCCCUGCCUCGGCCCCCCCCCCCCCCCACCCCCUUCACCUUUUCUCAGCUGUCUUCCAAGUGUCAUUGGGUCUGUUACAAGUCCAGUAAAUCUUCCCUGUGUUUGCGAGUCGUGGCUUUUUGUGCUGAAAACACUUCAGUCAGGUUGAAGUUUGUCGCCCCCACCUCCCCCCACUAAAGAUCUCUCUUUGGGUGCUUCCUGACUCUCUCUGAGCCCCUUCACCUUCCCCGUCACACGAGUUGCAUCCAUCCGUUAAUCCAUCCGCUUGACAUCCAUCCAUCAGCUGACCAUCAGUGACACUACAGGACUGGAAUCAUCCAUCUGAAUUACUUGAAGAAACGAUGGUUAUGAGGAAGGGCCUUCGCUCUCUGUGCUAAAGCUCUGGAUGGAGACGCUAACGAGGUUCAAACAUUUGGCUUCAAACUUCAACGGUGGCCGACCCACUGCUUCAGGAGGCCGACUGGGCCUCCUCUGUUUCACACACAUGUUCACACGUCAGUUACAGGCACGAACACAGGUACAGAUGUAGCAGCCUGAGCAAGAUGAAAACUACGCCCGCAGCUCGAUGUCUUGCCUCGUUGUGGACAAAAACUCAGAGACUAUUGUUUGCUCACACCCUGAUCUGUUCGGUCAUCUCUCUUCCUGCAGUCCCCUGAGUGGAUCGUUCAAUCUUCAUCCACCUCGUACUGAUGAUAUCAAAUACUGAUUUUCUUUUCCUCCGAUUUAUGUAAAUGUGAAUUUGACAGAUGAAGAGAAAUGAUUACAGCUCCCUGCUACUUGUUUUAUUGUUUAUAGAACAGAUUAUAUAUUUGCCUUACACGUGUACGUACUCUAACUUUUUUUUUUUUUUAUGGUCUCAUAAUUAUCUUUAAUGCUUUUUAAUUUCAAUUUGCAGUGUUUCUAGCGUUGCUAUGAUAAAGGUUGGGUUUGUAUCAGGCUGUUUAAAAAAAAAAGAAGAAGAAACAUCCGUGGAUUUCAGAAUGGGGAACAUGGUUCACAUCACAAAAGGGAAAGUUGACAUCAGGUUGUUGACGUGUGUCUGUUAAAAACAAAACCUGUUCAUAGUUUUACCAAUGUUGAAAUUAGUUAAUUUGCUGUUUUAGCCAAAAUGACAGCGACUUUUCAACCAUCCGUUAACGUGGCCCAGAGAGUUAUCAAAUCUUCAGCCUCCAGGUUUUUGACAGUGUCAGCAAAGUUUAAAAUGGUUAAAAAUGAAUUUGGAGGAGAGUAUUGAGUCUUAAUACACACGUUUAUCCUGAUGCAGAUAAAGUGACCCAUUUUUAAUUGACACAACAUGUUUGCUGCCGAGUACAGACACAAUAUGUUCAAAUGCUUUUGAGAAAUAACUUAGACAAAGCCUGACAUUUUAGUUGAAUCUGUGUUGGACACAUGUGCCUGUUAUUGUUAUUGUUUUUUUAAGUCCAGGUCCUAUCUUCCUUUAGCCUGUUGGUUGACGUUCCAGCAGAUUGGAGGUGGAUCUCACAUCGUCUUGUCAGUGUUUCGUCACUCUCUUCCUCUAAACCCCAAAUUGUUGGAAACGUGAAAAUGCAAAGCAAAGCUAUAUUUACUUUUUCUUUUACUUUCAAUGUCAUGUUGGUUUAACUUCAGGGAGAUUUGGAUCAGUAUCAGAAACUUACAGUUGAUGCAUCAAGUUGUUUACUGGAGGUUUAUAGACAGAAAAAAAGCUACAAACUGUUGAGGAAGGCAAAACUCUGUGAAUUUCCCCAAACCAGCGAAAGCCUGGAGCUGAUGUGUGGCUGCAGACAUGACGUUCUGCCAGUAGGGGGCGCCUUCCUCCUGGGGCAGUCAAGUGAUCCCUCCUUCUAAUGUGAUCAUCACCUGCCAUCAGACAUUUGGCCAUUUCAAGUGUUUUUGGAGCCGUCAGCCUUCUAUAUCAGCUUAGAACUGCUGUUUGCUGCCCACACUAAACUGUAGGGGGCGCUACAGCCUCCAUUCAGCAGUUUCUCAUGGACGUAGCCAGAUGGCCAGACAGGAGGGAUGAAUGAUGGACGCAGGGAAGAGAGGGAGCAACAGAAAAAAAGAGAAAAAACCUGAGUGGGGUUUGUGACGUUGCUGAGGAAUAUGGCUGGUUGUGAUGACUGGACACUGAAAACAGGACGAAAUUCCAUAAAGCCAUAUGAAUAAGAAAUAACUGUAUAUGAACCAUUAAAAUAGUUCAUUACAUUACAAUAUCCUAGGCUUGUCAUGAGGAAAAAAAGAUGAAAAUGAGGAAAAGAACAAAAAAAUAUAUAAAAUGGAAAAAUGUAAAAUACUUGAAUGAGAUCUUGUAUAAUAUCAUUUAAUAUUCAUAAUAUCUGCUUUGUAGGCUGAUGUGAUUCGCUAUUAGUGUUAUUUGUAAUUUGUAGUAAUUAUGCUUUCCUUUAAUAAAGAAAAAAACCACAAAACGGACAAAAAAACCUCA